UUCUCCAGAACAGACAAACCUACUUUCUUCUAUAUUUUUACAUUCUAAGAUCACUCUCGUCUCUCUCUCUCUCUCGCUCUCUCUCUCUCUGUGUUGUUGAUACUGUAGAUUAAGAUUUCUCCGCCUGUGGAUACGAAUUUUCGAGCUCUGCAGAUUAAGUUCUCUCCGUCUGUGGAUACUGAGAUUUCGAGCUCUGAAUCAGAGGGUUGGAGUCGAUGGUAUUCAAGACGGAGGUUUUAUUGUAAUAAGGCGCAAUCGAGGAGAAAACAAGGAAGGAGAUGACAAAACAUCGGUUGAGGGAAUCAAUUGAGUCAUUCUUUGGAAGUCACGUUGAUCCUGAAAAUGAUGAGCAGCUGAAGGGAACUAAAAUAGAAAUGGAUGACAAAGUCCAGACGAUCUUGAAGCUUCUCAAAGGCGAAGAUGAAGAUGGGAACAUGAUAGCAAAUUCAAAGAAAGAAUCACUGGCUGAUUUAAUUGAAGAUUUCCACAGACAUUACGAAUCCCUGUAUUCUCGCUACGAUCAUCUUACUGGAGAGCUGAGGAAAAAAGUUCACGAGAAACAAGGAAAGGAGACUUCAUCCUCCAGCUCAGACUCAGAUUCAGAUUAUUCUCCACGAGCAAAGGGCAGCAAAAAAAAAAGUAAAAAUGGAAAGCUGGAAAAUGAGUUUCGGAAGGUGGCAGAUGGUAUAAAGCAAGAACUUGAAACAGUAAAUCUAGAAGUUGAUGAUUUGAAGAGGAAGUUGAUGGUGGCCACAGAAGAAAAGGAAGCUUUACAUUUUGAACAUCAGGCUGUAUUGAACAAACUUGAAAGUGCUGGUAAACUAGAAGCUGAACUCAAUCAGAAACUGGAAGAUUUGAGUAGAGAGAACAACAGUUUACUCUCAGAGAAAGAGAAUGCCAUAAAAAGUUUCGAAAAUGAAAAGAAAAUUAUUGAAGAUUUAAGAGCUGAUACAGAUAAAUUCCAAGAUGAGAGAGGAAUGCUCCAGCAAGAACUCGAAGCUGCAAAAAAGGAACUUUCUACGACAAAGGAGCAACUAGAAUCUGCAGAACAAGAAAUAGCCAAGCUUAGCCAAUCAGGAAAAGCCUUUGAAGAAGAGAAUAAUUCUCUGUCCUCAAAAAUUCGGCAGCUCUCAGAUGAGGUUCAGCAAGCGCAGGACAAAGUCCAAGAGAUCAUAGUUGAAUGUGGCCAGUUAAGGGAGAAAAUGGGUGACAGAGAAAGGGAGCUUUCCACACACAUGGAGAUGCACGAAGCCCACAAGAGUGAAGCUUCAUCUAGAAUGAGGGGAUUGGAAUCGGAGCUGGAGUCUUUGCAAAUGCAGAGAGGAGCAAUCGAAAGGCAGAAAGAUGAUGAACUUUCUGCUCUUUGGAAGAAACAUGAGGAUAAAGAAAAGGACUCAUUAUCUCAAAUACAGGAUCUGACAACACAGGUCACCAAUCUGCAACUCGAGGUGGAGUCCUUGCGCAUUCAGAAGGGCGACCUGGAAAAACAAAUGGUAAGUAACAGUAAUGAGGCAUCGGCUCAAGUCAAGGACCUAAUGGAUCAGAUCAAUGCCAAGCAUCAGGAACUGGAGGCCGUACACAACCAGAAAACUGAAUCAGAAACACUGCUGAAGAAAAAAAUGCAAGAAGUUUCAGAAUGUUUGACACAGAUAGAAUCAUUGAAAGAGGAGUGUGGCCAAUUAAGGGAGAAAAUGGGUGAAAGAGAAAGGGAGCUCUCAACUCACAUGGAGAUGCAUGAGGCCCACAAGAGUGAAGCUUCUGCUCGAGUGAGGGGCUUUGAACUGGAGCUGGAAUCACUGCACACGCAAAAAACAGAAAUUGAAAAGCAGAAAAAUGAUGAACUUUCUGCUCUUUGGAUGAAACAUGAGGACAAAGAAAAGGACUCAUUAUCUCAAAUACAGGAUCUGACAGCACAGGUCACCAAUCUGCAACUCGAGGUGGAGUCCUUGCGCAUUCAGAAAGGCGACCUGGAAAAACAAAUGGUAAGUAACAGUAAUGAAGCAUCGGCUCAAGUCAAGGACCUAAUGGAUCAGAUCAAUGCCAAGCAUCAGGAACUGGAGAUCGUAGACAACCAAAAAACUGAAUCAGAAACACAGCUGGAGAAAAAAAUGCAAGAAGUUUCAGAAUGUUUGACACAGAUAGAAUCAUUGAAAGAGGAGUGUGGCCAAUUAAGGAAGAAAAUGGGCAAAAGAGAAAGGGAGCUCUCAACUCACAUGGAGAUGCAUGAGGCCCACAAGAAUGAAGCUUCCACUCGAGUGAGGGGCUUCGAACUGGAGCUGGAAUCACUACAUAUGCAAAAAACAGAAAUCGAAAAGCAGAAAAAUGAACUUUCUGCUGUCCUUAAGAAACUUGAGGACAAAGAAAAGGACUCAUUAUCUCAAAUACAGGAUCUGACAGCACAGGUCACCAAUCUGCAACUCGAGGUGGAGUCCUUGCACAUUCAGAAAGGCGACCUGGAAAAACAAGUGGUAAGUAACAGUAAUGAAGCAUCGGCUCAAGUCAAGGACCUAAUGGAUCGGAUCAAUGCCAAGCAUCAGGAACUGGAGACCAUACACAACCAGAAAAGUGAAUCAGAAACACAGCUGGAGAAAAAAAUUCAAGUUGUUUCAGAAUUUUUGACACAGAUAGAAUCAUUGAAAGAGGAGUGUGGCCAAUUAAGGGAGAAAAUGGGUGAAAGAGAAAGGGAGCUCUCAACUUACAUGGAGAUGCAUGAGGCCCACAAGAGUGAAGCUUCCACUCGAGUGAGGGGCUUUGAACUUGAGCUGGAAUCACUGCACACGCAAAAAACAGAAAUCGAAAAGCAGAAAGAUGAAGAACUUUCUGCUGUCCAUAAGAAACUUGAGGACAAAGAAAAGGAUUCAUUAUCUCAAAUUGAGGCUCUGACAACACAGCUCAAGAAUCUACAACUCGAGGUGGAGUCCUUACGCAUUCAGAAAGGAGAGCUGGAAGAACAGGUAAUACGUAAAAGUCAUGAAGCAGCGGCUCAAGUCAAGGACAUAAUGGAUCAGGUCAAUCAAAAGCAACAGGAACUGGAGAUCCUACACAGCAAGAAAACUGAAUCAGAAGAACAGCUGGAGAAAAAAAUCCAAGAAAUGGCAGAGUAUUUGAUUCUGAUAGAAUCUUUGAAAGAGGAUCUAACAAUCAAAACUGCAGAUCAACAGAGAACGCUGGAAGAGAAGGAAGGUUUUGUGGUACAGGUGAAGGACCUGAAACUGGAAUUUGAGUCUCUAGUAAACCUGAAAAGCGAAUUGGAAGAGCAGCUCAGGCAUAAAGGAUGGGAGAUUGUUCAGGCACGAGAGGAAACAGAAAAGCUGCAAGAUAAAGUAUCUGAACUGGAGAGAACAUUAGCCGAGAAAGGGAAUGAAGAGAAAGAAGCAUCUGGUCAAAUUAUGGCCCUAACAGCACACGUCAACAAUCUGCAAGAAGAGUUGGAUUCUUUGCGUGCACAGAAAACCGAGUCAGAAUUGCAACAUGAAAAGAAGACUCAGGAACUAUCAACGUGUCUACUUCAGAUAGAAAAUCUGAAAGAGGAGUUAGCAAGCAAAAGUGUGGAUGAACUGAGAACUCUGCAAGAGAAGGAGGUUUUAACAGUUCAGUUAAAAGAUCUGGAACUGGAGAGAAAUUCUCUAUGCAAUCAGAAAAGUGAACUGGAAGAGCAAACGAGAAAUAAGAACCAUGAAAUUGAUCAACUAAGGGAGAAUAAGGAGGGUCUGCAGGGCAGCAUUUCUGAAUUGGAGAGAACGUUGACGGAGAGAGGGGACCAGUUUGUUGCUCUUCAAAAGAAACUUGAGGAUGCAGAGAAUGAAGCAUCAGCUCAAAUUGUUGCCCUGACGGAACAAAUUAACAUGUUGCGACAGGAGCUGGAUGCAUUGAAGGCUGAGAGAAGCCAAUUAGAGGUGCAGAUUGAGAGAGGUAAGCAAGAGUCAGAAAGCCUGGCUCAAGUGGAGAAUCAGAAUGUUGAGUUGACGAGCAAGAUCAUAGAUCACGAGAGAAUGCUGAAAGAACAGGAGGAUGCUUUCAACAAACUGAGUGAGGAGCACAAACAACUCAAAGUUCGGUUUGAAGAGUGCAAGGAGAACCUCCAAGCUGCAGAAAAGAAGAUGGAAGCAAUGGCAGAAGAGUUCUGCAAGCAUAUCGAGUCUAAAGAUCAGAAAGUUGAUGAACUGGAAGAAGCCAUCGAAGAUGUAAGAAGAGAUUUGGAAAUUAAAGCAGAUGAAGUAAAUACAUUGGUAGAGAACGUCCGCACACUUGAAGUUAAGCUCCGCCUGUCAAACCAGAAGCUCCAUAUAACGGAACAGUUGCUGACUGAAAAGGAAGAUAGCCACCUGAUCAAAGAGGAGAAGCUCCAACAACAACACAAGUUCCUUGAAGAAAGGAUUGCUACACUAUCUGGAAUAGUUGCUACUUACAAAGAAGCUCAAUCGAAGAUAACAGCAGACAUCUCGGAGAAAGUAAAUCACACUUUGAAUGGAAUGGAUACGUUUACUGUGAAGUUUGAGGAAGACUACGGACACAUCGAGAGCUGUGUUUACGAAAUCUUAAACGAUCUUCAAGUUGCAAAGAACUGGGUGAAGGAGAAAAAUGGUGAAAAAGAACAGUUAAAGAAGGCAGUUGCCAAUCUAGCUGAGGAACUGAAGGAUGAGAGAGAACAGGAAUCGAUCCUAAGAGAGACGGUCAGAAAAUUAGAAACAAAGAUUGGGGAAUUAGGAAUAACGUUGCAGAAGGAUGAAGAAGAAAAGGAGAAUCUGAUGAAAGCAGUUAAACGGCUUGAAGAGAAGAAGGGAGAGUUGGAAAAAGUGGUAAAUGCAAAGGAUGAGGGGAUUUUGGGUCUAGGGGAGGAGAAGAGGGAGGCCAUAAGACAGCUGUGCAUAUGGAUCGACUAUCACCGCAGUCGCUGUGAUGAACUCAAAGAAAUACUGUCAAAGACGGCAGGAGGAAGAAGGCAGAUAACAACUUAAAAAAUUUUACAUCAUCUUCACCCAUAUUUUCCAUUUCAGUUUGCUUUGAGUAUUAUUUUUUGAUUGGAUCCAUUUUUUCAGUAGUGUGCGUUUUUGACGAACAUUAUUAGGCAUUGGUUUUCUAAGUCUGUGAUCAUAUUAGUGUAAUCAUUCACCAAUUUAGAAAGUGUAGGAAAUUGUUAUGCUUUUCCUGUUUUCAGUUUGUCUUUAAAUGUGUACAGCAUUGAAGAUGCUUAUCAAAACCAUUAAAAAUGAAGUGCUUUGGCAAGAAUUAGUUCCCACCAGCAG